AUGGGAAAAUGGAAUUAUCGUCCGAGGUUCUUCUCCCGUCGUAGAUCUCCCGAUCGUCCUUCUGUUUACUACGACAUCAAAGCCCCUCUUCCUGAGUUUCGGCACGACGGAAUACCUCUAUGGGAGAAGAAAUAUUGCACUUUGAGUGGGUGCGUGGCAUGGCAGAAGAUUGUUGAUUCCAAAAAGCUGAUCUACUGCCACCAAAAUGUGUUUGAUUGGAUGGAUUCAGGUGCCGAAGAAGCAUUUCAAAAUGCCAAAAAACAGUACUGGGCGAAAAUCAACAACCUUCCCUGUGACAUUUCUCUGCCUGAUCCAGAUGCUUAUAUCGAGAAAGUAGAUUGGAAUCCUUGUAUUGACCCUGAACUGAUCAAGGAAAUAGAUAAUGCACACUUUUCUAUCCCCGAUGAAGAAGAACAAGAUGAAGAAGAACAAGAGAACGCCAUAAAAAAUAAAAGAACAAAGAUUUCAGUUGAUGGUGAAGAUCCUUGGGAAUGUGCUGCAAAAUCUCUUGGCAGAGCUGUAGAAAAUAAUAAAGUCAAAGGACAAAACCUGGGGGAUUAUCAUGAUAAUUCUGAAAAUGUGAUUGCUACGAACAAUCCCUGGCAGAGUAACUUCUUUCAUGGAAAUCAAAGACUAACUGACAAUGCUUGGGAAGGUGGUCAUGAUAAGUCUCGGGGUUGGAACGAAGGGAGCGACCGUAAUAAUCUGUGCGGAUAUUGGAAUUCUGGAUGCUUACCAAUCGAUAAAGGAUGGGGCAAACCUAAGGAUAGUUCUUGGUGCCAGCAACAAUCAAAUCAUUUGGCUAAUAUUGGAAAUUCUUGGCAAUACAACUCUGGCAAUCAAAAUGUAGUUCCAAUGAACACAGGAUGGGAAAACAGUGGCACAAAUGAAUCAAGAUGGAAGCAACAAGAGAAAGCUUAUGUUUCAAGCGAUUCACAAUUUAGAAGGAACAAUGGAGCAGGUUGGACAGGUGGGAAUCCGAGUUACCAAACGAGGGAAGGCUAUAACAGACAUAAUUCUGGCUAUAAUGGAUCUCAAUUUCAAAGGGGUGAUAGUCAAACAGGCCAUUGGAAGAGAGAGCAAAGUAGAAAAAGAGAUUUUCGCGCUCGAUAG